ACCGGGGAAGUGCAGUGCUUUUGGUUUUAUUUUGGUGGGGGCGGUUUUGAAAGACGUACAGUAAAAGCUAUCAGUAGUUCUAAGCAUUUCCGGUGUAAGAUGAGUGUUCCGGUUUCGACACUAAAGAAUUUGAGUAUUUGUAGAAGGAGUUUGAGGAUCUGAGACCAGGAAUGGCUGCUGUUGACAGCUUUUACCUUCUGUACCGGGAGGUUGCCCGUACUUGCCAUUGCUAUGUAGAGGCACUGGCUGUAGUGGGAGCAUGGUACACAGCCAGGAAAACUAUUGGUUUCCUAUGUGACUCUUACAGUCUGAUCAGAUUGCACUUCAUCCCAGGACUCAUUAGCAGGACAGAUCUCCUCAAGCAGUAUGGCAAAUGGGCCAUAGUUAAUGGUGCCGCAGACAGCAUCGGUAAGGCUUAUGCAGAGGAGCUGGCAGGUCGAGGCAUCAACAUUAUCCUCAUUGGCCAUCAAAACAGCACUUUACAGAUCAUAGCCAAGAACCUUUCAGAAACCUUCAGUGUUGAGGUGGUUGUUAUUGAAACUGAUUUAAGCAGUGGCCGUGACGCUUAUUCCCCCAUAAGAGAAACUCUGAGGGAUAAAGAGAUAGGCAUCUUAAUAAACAAUGUCAAUGUGCGCUGUGAAUACCCACAGUAUUUUACUCAAGUACAUGAAGACAGACUUUGGGAUAUCAUUAACGUUAACAUUGCUGCAGCAAGCAUGAUGGUGCAUAUUGUGCUACCGGGAAUGAUAGACAGGAAAAAAGGUGCCAUUGUAAACAUUUCUUCUGGUUCAUGCUGCAAACCUUCUCCACAGAAAACAGCUUAUUCUGCAUCAAAGGCUUACCUUGACCAUUUCAGCAGAUCAUUACAUUAUGAAUAUGCUUCAAAAGGCAUCUUUGUUCAAAGUUUAAUGCCGUUUGAUGUGGCUUCACACAGGACAGCAGCUUUUGAUGACAGUCACUCAUGGCUGGUGCCCUCAGCCAGGACAUAUGCACGAUGUGCAGUUUCGACUCUUGGACUUUCCAACAGGACUACAGGCUAUUGGUCCCACACACUCCAGUUUCUGUUUGCACAAUACAUGCCAGAAUGGCUGUGGAUACAAGGAAUGAACUUGCUCAACAAUAGACUGCACAAGGAAACCUUUUCAUAAUCCGUUAAACUUAACCUCUGGUAUACUGAAGAUUGAUUGAUGUUUCUUCAACAGCCAUUAUAGCUGAAGCACUGUUCCUUGUUUUUCUUCCUGGUGUGAAAUGCUGCUUAGCUAUUAGUGAAGCACUAAAUGUGAGAAAGGUGAAUGUGCCUUCCUUACAGUUUCAGAUAGACUUUUCACAGUAAACUGCAGUGAUAGUGAACAUGUAUUGUGUCAGCACAAGCUUGAUAAAUCUGUAUUUAAAGUUACAGAAGUGUAAAUGACAUUGUAUCACCAAGCUGUGAACAUCAGCAAAAUACCACACUACUAGUGUGACAAGUAUAGUCAGUGGCAUAGCGUUUGAGUUGUGUGUGAGUGAGCACAUACUAUCUAGGUAGUUUGUAUUUUUGAUGUGAAUAGAUUAAAAACAUUAAAAAUAUUACUAAGUAGUGA